CACUCAUCAUAUGGUCUUUCAUUUUUUCUUCCAAAAAAAAAUUGUCUUUUAUUUUAUUUCUUCAAAAUCCAUUUCUUCGCUUUUGCAUUUUCACUCUCCCUCAAAAACCCUAACCAGUGACGAAAACCCAAAUCACGACCCCAAUUUCAGCUCCUGAUUUUGGUCUAAGCGCAUACAAAAGGAGUUCGUGUAAGAAUGGCGUUCAGGUCAAGGGAAAUGAUGAAGAAAAUUCUCAAGAAAGUCGGCGGUGAGCAGAAUUUAGCGCCGGGAGUGAAAGAGCAGUUGAAAAAAUCAGUCCCGGAUAGCAAAGUCGUGAUGGGCCGAGCUCACCGCGGCCUUUACGCCGGCCGACAUAUCCAGUUCGGGAAUCGAGUCAGCGAAGAUGGUGGUAACAAGACAAGAAGAACUUGGAAGCCUAAUGUGCAGGAGAAGCGGCUCUUCAGCUACAUUUUGGAUCGUCACAUCCGUGUUAAGGUGAGCACUCAUGCACUUCGCUGCAUAGACAAGGCUGGUGGAAUUGAUGAAUACUUGCUAAAGACACCAUAUCAUAAGAUGGACACAGAAAUGGGCCUUUUCUGGAAAACUAAGAUUGAGAAGAUGUAUCAAGACCUUGGGGAGAUGGAGGUAGUUUUCUUUUCUCCUGAGGAUGAAGCCAACUUCGAAGAACAAUUUAAAGAACUCAAAUUAGAAAUGAAGGCUGCACGUAGAGAAGCCAGGAGAAAGAUGUAUGGUUCGACUGCCACACAAGAGUCAAUUAAGGAUGGAGAAGAUGUUGGAGAAGCUAGUGAAGGAGCUUCAAGAAGUGAAGACGGAAGCUCUCAUGCUGACUUACAUGAACCAAUGGUGGCCAAUGCUUGAAUAUGCAUCUGGUCUGUAAAAUUUUGCAGUGUUCUUAUCUUUCUAUCAGAGAUACUCCUUUUUGCAGCUUUGUAUCUCAAAUUAAUUUUGUCAUUCUAGCAAGUUGACAUUAUAGUUUUGGUUUCUGGUCUCCUAUUAUGAUGUUGUGAUAAGAGUUGCUUCAUUACUGUAGUUGACAGUUGGAUUCUAUUAUGGGUAGGCUGCAGCAUAAUAGUGGUUCCAGAUAAUAAUAAGCAAUUAGCUGUUUCUCGUUUUCUCUUUUAC